CUGGUGCAAUUCCGCUGGAUUCCGGAUCCGGUGUGGGAACUUUCCAGAAUUUGCGACAACUUUUUUGCGAAUUUUCUCCUGAAUUCAAAGGCGAAACCAUGGGGAUCCUGGAGAAAAUCUCCGAGAUCGAGAAAGAAAUCGCACGGACCCAGAAAAACAAAGCCACUGAGUAUCAUUUAGGCUUGUUAAAAGCAAAACUUGCGAAGUACAGAGCACAAUUGUUGGAACCCCCAAAAUCUGCUGGAUCCAAAGGAGAAGGCUUUGAUGUGAUGAAAUCAGGAGAUGCCCGGGUAGCAUUGAUUGGAUUCCCUUCUGUGGGUAAGUCUACGUUUUUGAGUUUGAUGACUUCCACUGCAAGUGAAGCAGCUUCAUAUGAAUUUACGACCCUUACCUGUAUUCCAGGUGUCAUAGAGUAUAAAGGUGCUAACAUUCAGCUUCUGGAUCUGCCUGGUAUCAUUGAAGGAGCGUCACAAGGUAAAGGGCGUGGACGCCAGGUGAUUGCAGUAGCUCGGACAUCAGAUGUUGUAAUAAUGAUGCUGGAUGCAACAAAGGGUGAUGUCCAAAGGGAUUUACUGGAGAAGGAGUUGGAGUCUGUAGGAAUUCGAUUAAACAAGCCCAAACCCAACAUUUAUUUCAAGCCCAAGAAAGGUGGUGGAAUCUCAUUCAACUCGACAGUUAUGUUGACUCAAUGUUCUGAAAAGUUAGUACAGCUCAUCUUGCACGAAUACAAAAUCUUCAAUGCAGAAGUUCUUUUCAGGGAAGAUGCAACUCCUGAUGAAUUUAUAGAUGUAAUAGUUGGAAACAGAGUUCACAUGCCAUGUCUUUAUGUAUACAAUAAAGUUGAUCAGAUCCCCUUGGAGGAGGUAGACCGUUUGGCCAGGCAAUCACACAGUGUUGUCAUUAGCUGUGAGUUGAAGCUUAAUUUGGAUUAUCUACUUGAAAUGUUAUGGGAAUACCUCGCAUUAAUCUGCAUCUACACAAAGAAGAGAGGAGAAAGACCAGAUUUUUUCGGUGCUAUUAUUAUGAGAAGAUCGGCCUCAGUUGAACAUGUGUGCCAUCGAAUUCACAGAACCUUAUCAAACCAGUUCAAGUACGCUCUAGUCUGGGGUACAAGUACGAAGUACAGUCCUCAAAGAGUGGGACUGACUCACAUAAUGGAGCAUGAGGACGUCAUCCAAAUCGUCAAGAAAUAAAUAAUGACAAACGUUUCCCAAGUAACUACAGUGUAUCACCUGCCCUCAUCUUCGCUGGCACAACAGGCAAUGUGAAAAUGGACUGUUCUGAAAUUAUGAUGAAAGAAAUUACUGCAUUGAGAUGGCUUGCUAUGACAGGGCCUUAAUUACAAAUUCAUAUAUUAUUCUGGUAUCUUACAGUAUACUGAAUGUUAAAAUGGGCCAAUUAUUUAGGCCAUUAUUGCGUUUUGUGGCUCCUGCUUAAACAAUUGCACAUCUUAAUUUGCAGUACAUUUUAGAACCAAAAUGAUUCCCUACAAAGAACUGUAGGCCAGUCAUUUGCGUAUUCAUUUGAUGAACAUACAUUCUUUGCUCAUUCUCAGUACACAAAUUUGAUUCUUCAUGAAACUCAAAAGAUGUUGAAUGUAGGAUUUGCUAUCAUUAUAGUUAUUCAAAAUAAUAUAUGUCUGAAUUGAGAUGAAAUCUCAUUGAAAUGGCAAGAAUGGAUUGAGUGCUUUAAUCACUUUAUAUAAAAAUUAUAAAGUAAAGUCUAAAUGAUGAAACUGCUAAUACACAGAAAAACAUUUGUUCCACGGGCUCCUUUUUAUUUUGUUUUGUUGUCCUCUCCAAUCCUGCAGUAGCUUCUUCAAAAAAAGUUACAAUUUUCUUCUUGACCCUGUCAGUCGAACACCUAGAUGCUUCAUCCAUUCUUCAUGCAUGAGUGUUACUAGGAUAUUAGAACCUGGAGGAUUCCACUGCUGGAUUCUAAUGUAUCCACCCAAAACAUCAAAAUAUGCUUUCACCUUCCAGGAAGUUACUGAAUGGCAUUGGAGAAAAGGCUUGUCCAUUGCUGCCCAGUCUCUCUCCCCAAUCAUAUUGUAUCCAGAAAUUGAAUCUGCAUGACUCGUGCUACUCAGACCUUCAAUGAAGCUUUAUAGUAAUUUUGAGUAAAUGCAACCCCUCUUUGGAUUUGGGCCGACUCGCACAAGGACGAUUUUUGGGACAAGAAUUUGCUGCCUAAGAUGUAAUCCCGAGAGUUGAUUUGAACUUUUUGUGAGCUCUUUAUUUUGAAUAUCUACUUUGGAUGUUUUGGGCCAUUAGUUAAUUUAUGAAAAUUUGUUUUGAAUAAGAAUGGUAAAUUGAUUCUGAAAGACAAAAUUUCUAUACCACUUCCCAACGUUAUACUUAAAUUGUGGUGCAUGUGGGUGAGGUAGUGGAUGAGCUACUCAGGUGCAUUUUUGUCAGGGCAUUAAUUUAUUGGAAUGCGAUGGUGUACCAUGGUGAUACCCAUGUCUUCAAUGGAUCUUACUCGUGGCUUUUAAGCUCAAGUGUGGAUUUACUGUACACGUGUGAAAAGUCAAGAAACAGCCUUUUGAAAUUGCGGCUUAUGCAUGAUACCAUUCAUUUGAUGGAUGGAAAUCAAAUUAAACCUGAAAUAAGCAGA